AUGGACGUGGACAUGGACGUGGACGUGGACGUGGACGUGGACGUGGACGUGGACGUGGACAUGGACGUGGACGUGGACGUGGACGUGGACGUGGACGUGGACGUGGACGUGGACGUGGACGUGGACGUAGACGUGGACAUGGACGUGGACGUGGACAUGGACGUGGACGUGGACGUGGACAUGGACGUGGACGUGGACGUGGACGUGGACGUGGACGUGGACGUGGACGUGGACGUGGACGUGGACAUGGACGUGGACGUGGACGUGGACAUGGACGUGGACGUGGACGUGGACGACGUGGACGUGGACAUGGACGUGGACGUGGACGUGGACAUGGACGUGGACGUGGACGUGGACAUGGACGUGGACGUGGACGUGGACGUGGACGUGGACGUGGACAUGGACGUGGACGUGGACGUGGACGUGGACGUGGACAUGGACGUGGACGUGGACGUGGACGUGGACAUGGACGUGGACGUGGACGUGGACGUGGACGUGGACAUGGACGUGGACGUGGACGUGGACAUGGACGUGGACAUGGACGUGGACGUGGACGUGGACGUGGAAGUGGACAUGGACGUGGACGUGGACAUGGACGUGGACGUGGACAUGGACAUGGACGUGGACGUGGACGUGGACGUGGACGUGGACGUGGACGUGGACGUGGACAUGGACGUGGACGUGGACGUGGACGUGGACGUGGACGUGGACAUGGACGUGGACAUGGACGUGGACAUGGACGUGGACAUGGACGUGGACAUGGACGUGGACGUGGACAUGGACGUGGACGUGGACGUGGACGUGGACAUGGACGUGGACAUGGACGUGGACGUGGACGUGGACGUGGACGUGGACAUGGACGUGGACGUGGACGUGGACGUGGACGUGGACAUGGACGUGGACGUGGACGUGGACGUGGACAUGGACGUGGACGUGGACGUGGACGUGGACGGACGUGGACGUGGACGUGGACAUGGACGUGGACGUGGACGUGGACAUGGACGUGGACGUGGACGUGGACAUGGACGUGGACGUGGACAGGGACGUGGACGUGGACGUGGACGUGGACGUGGACGUGGACAUGGACGUGGACGUGGACGUGGACGUGGACGUGGACGUGGACGUGGACAUGGACGUGGACGUGGACGUGGACGUGGACAUGGACGUGGACGGACGUGGACGUGGACGUGGACGUGGACGUGGACGUGGACAUGGACGUGGACGUGGACGUGGACGUGGACGUGGACGUGGACGUGGACGUGGACGUGGACAUGGACGUGGACGUGGACGUGGACGUGGACGUGGACAUGGACGUGGACGUGGACGUGGACGUGGACGUGGACAUGGACGUGGACGUGGACGUGGACAUGGACGUGGACGUGGACGUGGACAUGGACGUGGACGUGGACGUGGACGUGGACGUGGACGUGGACGUGGACGUGGACAUGGACGUGGACGUGGACGUGGACGUGGACAUGGACGUGGACGUGGACAUGGACGUGGACGUGGACGUGGACGUGGACGUGGACGUGGACAUGGACGUGGACGUGGACAUGGACGUGGACGUGGACGUGGACGUGGACGUGGACGUGGACGUGGACGUGGACGUGGACGUGGACGUGGACGUGGACAUGGACGUGGACGUGGACGUGGACGUGGACGUGGACGUGGACGUGGACGUGGACGUGGACGUGGACGUGGACGUGGACGUGGACGUGGACGUGGACGUGGACUUGGACGUGGACGUGGACAUGGACGUGGACGUGGACGUGGACAUGGACGUGGACGUGGACGUGGACAUGGACGUGGACGUGGACGUGGACGUGGACAUGGACGUGGACGUGGACGUGGACAUGGACGUGGACGUGGACGUGGACAUGGACAUGGACGUGGACGUGGACGUGGACGUGGACGUGGACGUGGACGUGGACAUGGACGUGGACGUGGACGUGGACGUGGACGUGGACGUGGACGUGGACAUGGACGUGGACGUGGACGUGGACGUGGACGUGGACGUGGACGUGGACAUGGACGUGGACGUGGACGUGGACGUGGACGUGGACGUGGACGUGGACGUGGACGUGGACGUGGACGUGGACGUGGACGUGGACGUGGACGUGGACACUGGACGUGGACGUGGACGUGGACGUGGACAUGGACAUGGACGUGGACGUGGACGUGGACGUGGACGUGGACGUGGACAUGGACGUGGACGUGGACGUGGACGUGGACGUGGACGUGGACGUGGACGUGGACAUGGACGUGGACGUGGACAUGGACGUGGACGUGGACGUGGACGUGGACGUGGACGUGGACGUGGACGUGGACGUGGACGUGGACGUGGACUUGGACGUGGACGUGGACAUGGACGUGGACGUGGACGUGGACAUGGACGUGGACGUGGACGUGGACAUGGACGUGGACGUGGACGUGGACGUGGACGUGGACAUGGACGUGGACGUGGACGUGGACGUGGACAUGGACGUGGACGUGGACGUGGACGUGGACAUGGACGUGGACGUGGACGUGGACGUGGACGUGGACGUGGACGUGGACGUGGACGUGGACGUGGACGUGGACGUGGACGUGGACGUGGACGUGGACAUGGACGUGGACGUGGACGUGGACGUGGACGUGGACGUGGACGUGGACAUGGACGUGGACGUGGACGUGGACGUGGACGUGGACGUGGACGUGGACAGGACGUGGACGUGGACGUGGACGUGGACAUGGACGUGGACGUGGACGUGGACGUGGACAUGGACGUGGACGUGGACGUGGACGUGGACAUGGACGUGGACGUGGACGUGGACAUGGACGUGGACGUGGACGUGGACGUGGACAUGGACGUGGACGUGGACGUGGACGUGGACGUGGACGUGGACGUGGACGUGGACGUGGACGUGGACGUGGACAUGGACGUGGACGUGGACGUGGACAUGGACGUGGACGUGGACGUGGACAUGGACGUGGACGUGGACGUGGACGUGGACGUGGACGUGGACGUGGACGUGGACGUGGACGUGGACGUGGACGUGGACGUGGACGUGGACGUGGACAUGGACGUGGACGUGGACAUGGACGUGGACGUGGACGUGGACGUGGACGUGGACGUGGACGUGGACGUGGACGUGGACAUGGACGUGGACGUGGACGUGGACGUGGACGUGGACGUGGACGUGGACGUGGACGUGGACGUGGACGUGGACUGGACGUGGACGUGGACAUGGACGUGGACGUGGACGUGGACAUGGACGUGGACGUGGACGUGGACAUGGACGUGGACGUGGACGUGGACGUGGACGUGGACAUGGACGUGGACGUGGACGUGGACAUGGACGUGGACGUGGACGUGGACAUGGACGUGGACGUGGACGUGGACGUGGACGUGGACGUGGACGUGGACGUGGACGUGGACAUGGACGUGGACGUGGACGUGGACGUGGACAUGGACGUGGACGUGGACGUGGACGUGGACGUGGACGUGGACGUGGACAUGGACGUGGACGUGGACGUGGACGUGGACGUGGACGUGGACGUGGACUGGACGUGGACGUGGACAUGGACGUGGACGUGGACGUGGACGUGGACGUGGACGUGGACGUGGACGUGGACAUGGACGUGGACGUGGACGUGGACGUGGACAUGGACGUGGACGUGGACGUGGACGUGGACAUGGACGUGGACGUGGACGUGGACGUGGACAUGGACGUGGACGUGGACGUGGACGUGGACGUGGACGUGGACAUGGACGUGGACGUGGACCUGGACGUGGACGUGGACGUGGACAUGGACGUGGACGUGGACGUGGACAUGGACGUGGACGUGGACGUGGACAUGGACGUGGACGUGGACGUGGACGUGGACGUGGACGUGGACGUGGACAUGGACGUGGACGUGGACGUGGACGUGGACGUGGACAUGGACGUGGACGUGGACGUGGACGUGGACGUGGACGUGGACGUGGACAUGGACGUGGACGUGGACAUGGACGUGGACAUGGACGUGGACGUGGACGUGGACAUGGACGUGGACGUGGACGUGGACAUGGACGUGGACAUGGACGUGGACGUGGACGUGGACAUGGACGUGGACGUGGACGUGGACGUGGACGUGGACGUGGACGUGGACGUGGACAUGGACGUGGACGUGGACGUGGACGUGGACAUGGACGUGGACGUGGACGUGGACGUGGACAUGGACGUGGACGUGGACGUGGAGAUGGACGUGACGUGGACGUGGACAUGGACGUGGACGUGGACGUGGACAUGGACAUGGACGUGGACGUGGACAUGGACGUGGACGUGGACGUGGACGUGGACAUGGACGUGGACGUGGACGUGGACGUGGACAUGGACGUGGACGUGGACGUGGACGUGGACGUGGACAUGGACGUGGACGUGGACGUGGACGUGGACGUGGACGUGGACGUGGACGUGGACGUGGACUGGACGUGGACGUGGACGUGGACCUGGACGUGGACAUGGACGUGGACGUGGACGUGGACGUGGACAUGGACGUGGACGUGGACGUGGACGUGGACAUGGACGUGGACGUGGACGUGGACAUGGACGUGGACGUGGACGUGGACGUGGACGUGGACGUGGACAUGGACGUGGACGUGGACUGGACGUGGACGUGGACGUGGACAUGGACGUGGACGUGGACAUGGACGUGGACGUGGACGUGGACAUGGACGUGGACGUGGACGUGGACAUGGACGUGGACGUGGACGUGGACAUGGACGUGGACGUGGACGUGGACGUGGACGUGGACAUGGACGUGGACGUGGACGUGGACGUGGACGUGGACGUGGACGUGGACAUGGACGUGGACGUGGACAUGGACGUGGACAUGGACGUGGACAUGGACGUGGACGUGGACGUGGACGUGGACGUGGACAUGGACGUGGACAUGGACGUGGACGUGGACGUGGACAUGGACGUGGACGUGGACUGGACGUGGACGUGGACGUGGACGUGGACAUGGACGUGGACGUGGACGUGGACGUGGACGUGGACGUGGACGUGGACGUGGACGUGGACAUGGACAUGGACGUGGACGUGGAGAUGGACGUGGACGUGGACGUGGACAUGGACGUGGACGUGGACGUGGACAUGGACAUGGACGUGGACAUGGACGUGGACGUGGACGUGGACGUGGACAUGGACGUGGACGUGGACGUGGACGUGGACAUGGACGUGGACGUGGACGUGGACGUGGACGUGGACAUGGACGUGGACGUGGACGUGGACGUGGACGUGGACAUGGACAUGGACGUGGGACGUGGACGUGGACAUGGACGUGGACAUGGACGUGGACGUGGACAUGGACGUGGACAUGGACGUGGACAUGGACGUGGACGUGGACGUGGACAUGGACGUGGACGUGGACGUGGACGUGGACAUGGACGUGGACGUGGACGUGGACGUGGACGUGGACGUGGACAUGGACGUGGACGUGGACGUGGACAUGGACGUGGACGUGGACAUGGACGUGGACGUGGACGUGGACGUGGACGUGGACGUGGACAUGGACGUGGACAUGGACGUGGACGUGGACGUGGACGUGGACAUGGACGUGGACAUGGACGUGGACGUGGACGUGGACGUGGACGUGGACGUGGACGUGGACGUGGACGUGGUGGACGUGGACGUGGACGUGGACGUGGACGUGGACGUGGACAUGGACGUGGACGUGGACGUGGACGUGGACGUGGACAUGGACGUGGACGUGGACAGGGACGUGGACGUGGACGUGGACAUGGACGUGGACGUGGACGUGGACAUGGACGUGGACAUGGACGUGGACGUGGACAUGGACGUGGACGUGGACAUGGACGUGGACAUGGACGUGGACAUGGACGUGGACGUGGACAUGGACGUGGACAUGGACGUGGACGUGGACAUGGACGUGGACGUGGACAUGGACGUGGACGUGGACGUGGACGUGGACAUGGACGUGGACGUGGACGUGGACGUGGACGUGGACGUGGACGUGGACGUGGACGUGGACUUGGACGUGGACGUGGACGUGGACGUGGACGUGGACGUGGACAUGGACGUGGACGUGGACGUGGACGUGGACAUGGACGUGGACGUGGACGUGGACGUGGACAUGGACGUGGACAUGGACGUGGACGUGGACAUGGACGUGGACGUGGACGUGGACGUGGACAUGGACGUGGACGUGGACGUGGACAUGGACGUGGACGUGGACGUGGACGUGGACGUGGACGUGGACGUGGACGUGGACGUGGACGUGGACGUGGACGUGGACGUGGACGUGGACGUGGACGUGGACGUGGACGUGGACGUGGACGUGGACGUGGACGUGGACGUGGACGUGGACGUGGACGUGGACGUGGACGUGGACGUGGACGUGGACGUGGACGUGGACGUGGACGUGGACGUGGACGUGGACGUGGACGUGGACGUGGACGUGGACGUGGACGUGGACGUGGACGUGGACGUGGACAUGGACGUGGACGUGGACAUGGACGUGGACGUGGACGUGGACAUGGACGUGGACGUGGACAUGGACGUGGACGUGGACGUGGACGUGGACAUGGACAUGGACGUGGACAUGGACAUGGACAUGGACGUGGACAUGGACGUGGACGUGGACGUGGACGUGGACGUGGACAUGGACGUGGACGUGGACGUGGACGUGGACGUGGACGUGGACGUGGACGUGGACGUGGACGUGGACGUGGACGUGGACGUGGACGUGGACGUGGACAUGGACGUGGACGUGGACGUGGACGUGGACGUGGACAUGGACGUGGACGUGGACGUGGACAUGGACGUGGACGUGGACGUGGACAUGGACGUGGACGUGGACGUGGACGUGGACGUGGACGUGGACGUGGACGUGGACGUGGACAUGGACGUGGACGUGGACGUGGACAUGGACGUGGACGUGGACAUGGACGUGGACGUGGACGUGGACGUGGACGUGGACGUGGACGUGGACGUGGACAUGGACGUGGACGUGGACGUGGACGUGGACGUGGACGUGGACGUGGACGUGGACGUGGACGUGGACGUGGACGUGGACAUGGACGUGGACGUGGACGUGGACGUGGACGUGGACGUGGACGUGGACGUGGACGUGGACGUGGACGUGGACGUGGACGUGGACGUGGACGUGGACGUGGACGUGGACGUGGACGUGGACAUGGACGUGGACGUGGACGUGGACAUGGACGUGGACGUGGACGUGGACAUGGACGUGGACGUGGACGUGGACGUGGACGUGGACGUGGACGUGGACGUGGACAUGGACGUGGACGUGGACAUGGACGUGGACAUGGACGUGGACGUGGACGUGGACGUGGACGUGGACGUGGACGUGGACAUGGACGUGGACGUGGACGUGGACGUGGACGUGGACGUGGACGUGGACAUGGACGUGGACGUGGACGUGGACGUGGACGUGGACGUGGACGUGGACGUGGACGUGGACGUGGACGUGGACGUGGACGUGGACGUGGACGUGGACGUGGACGUGGACGUGGACGUGGACGUGGACGUGGACGUGGACGUGGACGUGGACGUGGACGUGGACGUGGACGUGGACAUGGACAUGGACGUGGACGUGGACGUGGACGUGGACGUGGACGUGGACAUGGACGUGGACGUGGACGUGGACGUGGACGUGGACGUGGACGUGGACGUGGACAUGGACGUGGACGUGGACGUGGACGUGGACGUGGACGUGGACGUGGACGUGGACGUGGACGUGGACGUGGACGUGGACGUGGACGUGGACGUGGACGUGGACGUGGACGUGGACAUGGACGUGGACGUGGACGUGGACAUGGACGUGGACGUGGACGUGGACAUGGACGUGGACGUGGACGUGGACGUGGACGUGGACAUGGACGUGGACGUGGACGUGGACGUGGACAUGGACGUGGACGUGGACGUGGACGUGGACGUGGACAUGGACGUGGACGUGGACGUGGACAUGGACGUGGACGUGGACGUGGACGUGGACGUGGACAUGGACGUGGACGUGGACGUGGACGUGGACAUGGACGUGGACGUGGACGUGGACGUGGACGUGGACGUGGACGUGGACAUGGACGUGGACGUGGACGUGGACGUGGACGUGGACGUGGACGUGGACAUGGACGUGGACGUGGACGUGGACGUGGACAUGGACGUGGACGUGGACGUGGACGUGGACAUGGACGUGGACGUGGACGUGGACGUGGACAUGGACGUGGACGUGGACGUGGACGUGGACGUGGACGUGGACGUGGACGUGGACAUGGACGUGGACGUGGACGUGGACGUGGACGUGGACAUGGACGUGGACGUGGACGUGGACGUGGACGUGGACAUGGACGUGGACGUGGACGUGGACAUGGACGUGGACGUGGACGUGGACAUGGACGUGGACGUGGACGUGGACGUGGACGUGGACGUGGACGUGGACGUGGACGUGGACGUGGACGUGGACGUGGACGUGGACGUGGACGUGGACAUGGACGUGGACGUGGACAUGGACGUGGACGUGGACGUGGACGUGGACGUGGACGUGGACGUGGACGUGGACAUGGACGUGGACGUGGACGUGGACGUGGACGUGGACGUGGACGUGGACGUGGACGUGGACGUGGACGUGGACGUGGACGUGGACGUGGACAUGGACGUGGACGUGGACGUGGACAUGGACGUGGACGUGGACGUGGACAUGGACGUGGACGUGGACGUGGACGUGGACGUGGACGUGGACAUGGACGUGGACGUGGACGUGGACGUGGACAUGGACGUGGACGUGGACAUGGACGUGGACAUGGACGUUGACGUGGACGUGGACGUGGACGUGGACGUGGACGUGGACAUGGACGUGGACGUGGACGUGGACGUGGACAUGGACGUGGACGUGGUGUGGACGUGGACGUGGACGUGGACGUGGACAUGGACGUGGACGUGGACGUGGACGUGGACGUGGACGUGGACGUGGACGUGGACGUGGACGUGGACAUGGACGUGGACGUGGACGUGGACGUGGACGUGGACGUGGACCAGGACGUGGACAUGGACGUGGACGUGGACGUGGACGUGGACAUGGACGUGGACGUGGACGUGGACGUGGACAUGGACGUGGACGUGGACGUGGACGUGGACAUGGACGUGGACGUGGACGUGGACGUGGACGUGGACGUGGACAUGGACGUGGACGUGGACGUGGACGUGGACGUGGACGUGGACAUGGACGUGGACGUGGACGUGGACAUGGACGUGGACGUGGACGUGGACAUGGACGUGGACGUGGACGUGGACAUGGACGUGGACGUGGACGUGGACAUGGACGUGGACGUGGACGUGGACCUGGACGUGGACAUGGACGUGGACGUGGACGUGGACGUGGACCUGGACGUGGACGUGGACAUGGACGUGGACGUGGACGUGGACGUGGACAUGGACGUGGACGUGGACGUGGACAUGGACGUGGACGUGGACAUGGACAGGGACGUGGACAUGGACGUGGACGUGGACGUGGACGUGGACGUGGACGUGGACUGGACGUGACGUGGACGUGGACGUGGACGUGGACGUGGACGUGGACGUGGACGUGGACAUGGACGUGGACGUGGACGUGGACGUGGACAUGGACGUGGACGUGGACGUGGAUGGACGUGACGUGGACGUGGACAUGGACGUGGACGUGGGGCAUGUGGACGUGGACGUGGACGUGGACGUGGACGUGGACAUGGACGUGGACGUGGACGUGGACGUGGACAUGGACGUGGACGUGGACGUGGACGUGACAUGGACGUGGACGUGGACGUGGACGUGGACGUGGACGUGGACGUGGACGUGGACGUGGACGUGGACAUGGACGUGGACGUGGACGUGGACGUGGACGUGGACGUGGACAAUGGACGUGGACGUGGACAUUGGACGUGGACGUGGACGUGGACAUGGACGUGGACGUGGACGUGGACAUGGACGUGGACGUGGACGUGGACAUGGACGUGGACGUGACGUGGACGUGGACGUGGACAUGGACGUGGACGUGGACGUGGACGUGGACAUGGACGUGGACGUGGACAUGGACGUGGACGUGGACAUGGACGUGGACAUGGACGUGGACAUGGACGUGGACGUGGACGUGGACGUGGACGUGGACAUGGACGUGGACGUGGACGUGGACGUGGACGUGGACAUGGACGUGGACGUGGACGUGGACGUGGACGUGGACGUGGACGUGGACAUGGACGUGGACGUGGACGUGGACUGGACAUGGACGUGGACGUUGGACGUGGACGUGGACAUGGACAUGGACGUGGACGUGGACAUGGACGUGACGUGGACGUGGACAUGGACGUGGACGUGGACGUGGACAUGGACAUGGACGUGGACAUGGACGUGGACGUGGACGUGGACGUGGACAUGGACGUGGACGUGGACGUGGACGUGGACAUGGACGUGGACGUGGACGUGGACGUGGACGUGGACUGGACGUGGACGUGGACGGGGACGUGGACGUGGACAUGGACGUGGACGUGGACGUGGACGUGGACAUGGACGUGGACGUGGACGUGGACAUGGACGUGGACGUGGACGUGGACAUGGACGUGGACGUGGACGUGGACGUGGACAUGGACGUGGACGUAGACGUGGACGGACAUGGACGUGGACGUGGACGUGGACGUGGACGUGGAACAUGGACGUGGACGUGGACGUGGACGUGGACGUGGACGUGGACGUGGAC